AUGUCAUCCGUCAAAACAGGUGUGUGCACUCCCACUCACUUGAAUGCCGAGGUUUGGUCCUCCGGUACGAUUUCAGGUCUGCGGGUCUACUUUAACGAAAGCUACCUAGUCGGUGGUAUUGGGUAUUUCGGCCUCUCUGGCUUGUACACCAAUCACAAACUUGUACAAAACGGGGUCGCUGCAACACCAUCAUACUUCCCAGGUUUUUGGAUGCACUACAAAAUGAGCGAUACUCUAAUUGAUCAGCUGGAUGUGGUUUCAUUUAAGAACGAUGCAAACUUUUAUCCCCCCGCGAAAGAAUACUGCCCCGACGGAAUUCUGGGGUGCGAGAACAAUUGCUCAAAGUCGGAAGCGUGCACAAAACGGGAAAGUGCUGGCAAUGGUGAAAAGUGCUUGGUUGUGGCCAUGAUGACUCCUUACUUUGAUCAAGGUUAUUUUCAAGCGGUGCUCUCCAACUUAGAGAUUCCUGCGUACUUCUGCUUUAUCGGUUAUGGAGGAGUCAACAAAUAUGCAGCAGAUGCAGUUGCAAAUGGGAAACCAGUGCUUUUCUACCAUUACGAGCCUGAUAUGUUCCAUAUAAGACACAAGGGAAAAUUCGACCGGGUGUUUCUGCCACGAACCGACCCCGAACGCGUUAAGUUGUCGACAGGAGGCUACGGUGAGAAUGGCUACGGUAAAAAGACAGAUAACCCCGUGGAUGUGGACUAUCCGAGCCUUCAGCUCACCAGCUUCCAUCCUGAACCAUCUCCGUAUUUCCGUGCGGCAUGCAACUGGGUGAAGGCAAACUACGACACGUGGAGUGAGUGGGUGGACCGCUUGCCAUUGUGUACAUUCGAAGAACACGUCGUGAGCCAAGUGAUCGGCUGUGGCAAUGAUACCUCUGUGCGAGAAAUCAAGUUUUCGUGGAAGUCUUCAAACCCAGGAAACGCGUCGUUGCCGUACAACUGCGACGGAGGCGUGUCUACUCUUCCGAAUACGCUCGCCACAAGCCGCUCUUGUGAUUGGAUCUUUGAGAAUCGACGCACGUGGACUGGUUGGAUUGAUCAAAAGCCUGAGUGCGACUCGAGCUUUUACCAUUACUCAGUGUCAGAGUGUGCUUCCGAUUCUCUCCGUACGGUUCAGUACGUUUGGAAGCUCCCAAACGCCUCACAUCCUCAGUAUUCUGCAGAAUGCUCGGGUGGAGACAAGCUACCGGACACUCUCACCAUUGAUUGCGAGUAUAUGCCGACAUCCUCACCUUCGUUUGCAGCCAUGACAGUGUUCGCUGCCAUCGUGGCAUGUUUAUUGGCUGUAGCCAUUCUGCUAGUGGUCAAGAACCGCAACGCUCCGAUCAUCCGACGCUCGCAAUACGAAAUGCUACUGCUCAUGAUCUUUGGCGGAUUCUUCACGACGGGGGCGGCUGUGGCUUAUGCUGGGAAACCCACCAGAACACUCUGUGGAAUCCGUCCGCUACUGGUUUGCAUGGGGUUCACAACGAUAUUUGGCGCUCUCGUCAUCAAAUCUCUACGUGUCUACCGCGUUUUCAUGAAAGCUGCCAUGAAGCGAGUCAAGGUGACACUGUUUAAGAUCCUAAAGAUCCUCUCCAUCUUCUACAUCGGAGACAGCGUCAUAUUUGUAGCCUGGUACACUGCCGAUUUCCCGGAACCGACCAUCACAACGAAAGAUGCUACGGAGUUUCGCGGUACCGUCGACCGAAUCUCCUGCAGCUCGUCAAGCUUCAUCUUUACGGCGCUACUUAUCUUCUGGAAAGCUAUCCUGCUCAUGUUGGGACUCUACCUGUCGUUCCUCAUCCGCAACGUGUCGGUGGAUUUCCAGGAGUCUCCGUGGAUUUUCGGUUCGGUGGUGGUUGUCCUCGUAGGCUGCCUCGUCAUCAUGCCGAUGUCGUAUAUGGUUGACAUGCGAGCGUCGACAUACUACGUGUUUCUCGCGUGCUGUUUGCUCGUUUGCACGAUUCUAAUCAUCCGCAUCUUCUGCUUCCAGUGGUGCUAG